AUGGAUUCGAGAGACAGUGAAACGGACAGUAAAAAUUCCGAACAAUCAUCAUCAUCAUCAUCAUCGUCAUCAACAUUAACGAAUAAAACAUCCUGGUGGAAAAGAUAUCAAUGGCAUAUGCGACAUUAUUUUUAUAUUCAUAUAUUUAUAUUUAUUUCCAUGGGUCUUCUAGGUGGUUUAACAGUUGUUAUUAUAGAGAAUUAUUUAAAACCAAAUCGACUUAUGCAUGUUCGUUAUAUUGAUGCUUGGUUUAUUGCAUCAUCAUGUGUUUAUGGUUGUGGUUUAAGUACACUAGAUUUUGCUCGUCUAUCAACAUAUUCUCAAGUUAUUCUAAUGCUUUUUACGUUAGCUUGUGGAAUGACAAUUAGUACAUUACCAGCAUUAAUUGUAAAAGCACAAACACAUAAACAUGAACGUGGUUUAAUGGUUGAUAAUGAUCAUUUAGCGUAUCAUACUCGAUCGGAAACAACUAAGAAAAUUGAAUAUUCAUAUGAAGCUGAAGUUAAAAUUGCUCGUCUACCUAAUGCUGAACAACUUCGCUAUCGAGCAUAUCUUUGUUGUUUAGCGUUAAUACCAUUAACAUGUAUUACUAUUUAUCUAGCUGCUUUUGCAUUUAUUGGUUCUUGGAUAAAACUUCGUUAUCGACCAAAUCAAUUAAAACAAGAUGGUCGACCAGUAAAUCCAUGGUAUGCAUCUUUUAUUAUUACCGUCACAGGUUUUAAUCAAAAUGGAUUAACACCAUGGUCAGAUAAUCUGAUGAGAUUUGUUGAUGAUACUAUACUUUGUAUAUUCGUCAUGUUAUUAAUUAUGAGUGGUAAUGCAUUUUUUCCAUUUAUUUUUCGAAAUGUUAUAAUGUUAAUUCGACGAUUAGUUUCUUGGCAUCAUAAAAUUAUUUUUGAUUAUAUAUCUUUAAAUAAUCAUCGUUUAUCUACUGUUUUAUAUCCAACUAUUCAAACACGUAUAUAUCUUACUGUUACAUUUUGUCUUUAUGCACUUGGUAUUAUUGUAUCUAUGAUACUUGAUUAUCAUUCUCAAAGUUUUAUUCACUAUUCUGCCGGACAACGUAUAUUAAUAUUUGUAUUUCAUACAAUUUCAUCUCGUUUUGCUGGUUUUCAAACUAUUGAUAUCACAUUACUUGCUGAAGGAACUCUUGUUAUUUAUUUACUUUUAAUGGCUGUUAAACCACAAAUGUUAUGUGCAUUAGAUAAAACUCCAUUUGAAUUAGAAUGGGAAACAAUACGUGAUAAAGAAACGAUAUAUAUAGAAGCUACACGAAGACAAUCAACAGAAUUAAUUGAUGACUCAUCAUCAAUUGAAUCUCAUGUUUUGCCUAUUCGAUAUUUACAUCGAAUAUUAAGAAGUCAUAGUUUAGAUGCUCGACGUCGUGCUCAACAACAUUUUGCAUCAUUAGCAAGUUUACAUCGUAGUCCAAGUUUAACACGAAAAAAAGCUAAAUAUAAAUUACAUCUUCUUAUGUUUCUUAUUGCACGUCGAAUGUUAUCACAUUUAUUUACAUUCUUAACACGUACACGUACAUGGUUAUUUAUAUUUAUAUUUCUUAUUUGUACAUUUGAAUCUUAUCAUAUGACACCUAUUGAUGAAAAUGUAACAGUUUUUAAAAUUCUUUUCGAAGUAGUUUCAGCAUUUGGUGCAGUUGGUUUAACAACAGGUUAUCCAAAUUUAAAAUCAUCAUUUGCUACUGUUCUAUCCGUUCCAUCGAAAAUUAUUCUUGUUUUGACAAUGUUAAUGGGAAGACAUCGAGGUUUACUUGAUUCAAUGAAAGAUCAAGAAAAAAUUGAAUAUAGUGCAUAUACUUUAUUAGAACGAUGGAAACGUAAAGCUCGAGAUGAACAUCCACUUUUAUCAUCGAAUGAUUCAAUACCAUCAUCACCAUCAUCACCACCUCCUCCAGCAGUUAAACCAAGAACUUUUUCAACUAAUCGACCAAGUCGAUCAAGAUAUAUUAUUGAACUAUCAAAACCAAAUAUACCACCAAGAACUAAACCUGCUGUAUAUUAA